ACGCUGCCCCAGUUCCGCGAGGUGGGCUCCGCGCUCAAGCGCAAGUACGACGAGGCGGUCCACGUGGCCGUGCACGCCGGCCGCUACCGCCACCGCUACCCCGCCUUCCUCCAGGCGCGCUCGCGCGGCCACCGCAAGCCGCUCCACACGGAGCUCGUGUUCACCGAGAGCUCGCCUAGCUACUGCGAGGAGGACCGGCUGACGGGCAGCGUGGGCACGCGCGGCCGCCCGUGCGACCGCACGUCGCCGCACGCCGACGGCUGCGAGCUGCUGCUGCGGCGCGGCUACGACACGCGCCGGUACACGCGCUCGUGGCAUUGCAAGUGCGAGUUCCGCUGGUGCCUACGUGCGCUGCAGCACGUGCAGCGAGGGGGCGGAGGAGUACACGUGCAAGUGACGGCGGCGGCGGCUUGCUGGAAGCUGGGGCCCCGACUAAUCCGCCGGCUCGAUCGCUCGCCCCGUCGACUGUCGGCCAUGGCCCCCACGGGCCUCGCCCCUGGCAACAACAAUCAUGGCCGGACAAAAUUGUCAGCGGAUGUCGCUGCCUGA